CCUUGAUUUAAUUUCAUAGUGUUUAAGAAAGGAGAAAUGAGUUCCCAAAAUUUCCUUUACUUUCAUAUGGUUUGUAUUAUAUUUUCUUCUGGUACUUUACUCAAAAGCAACUGAAAUUCUCUUUAUAUAUGUCUAAACUCUUUAAUUCAUCAGCUAUGGGACCGUUUAAAGGAAUAAUUCAAGAUGUCAAAGGAAGAGCUGAAUGCUAUAAGCAAGAUUGGGAUAGUGCAAUCCGUUGUGGCGUUAGGAUAUUGGCUCCAACUUUCUACAUAUUCUUCGCUUCUGCUCUCCCUGUCAUUGCUUUUGGAGAGCAACUUAAGGAGGUUACAGGUGGAAGCUUGAGCACAGUGGAAACAUUGGCAUCUACUUCUAUUUGUGGAAUUAUCCACUCAAUAUUUGGUGGCCAGCCUUUGUUAAUUGUAGGAGUUGCGGAACCCACUGUCAUAAUGUACCAUAUUCUGUUCGAUUUCUGCAAAAAAAGGCCUGAACUUGGGGCCAAGCUUUUUCUUCCUUGGGCUGGUUGGGUUUGUGUCUGGACAUCACUCUUGCUAAUACUACUUGCAAUUUUUAACGCGUGCACAGUUAUCAGUAGGUUCACAAGAAUUGCUGAGGAAUUAUUUGGCAUGUUGAUCACUGUCCUUUUUUUUCAACAGGCAAUAGAGGGACUCAUAAGCGAGUUCGGUGUAACCAAGACUGAAAAUCCAUUGUCAGAGGAAUCUCAAUUUCAUUGGCAGUAUACUAAUGGAUUACUUGCAAUCAUUUUCUCUUUUGGGGUGCUUUUCACUGCCAUUAAAAGCAGAAGAGCAAGAUCAUGGCAUUAUGGAACAGGGUGGCUACGAGGUUUCAUUGCAGAUUAUGGGGUCCCAAUGAUGGUAGUGUUUUGGACUGCACUAUCUUAUACUGUACCAGGCAAAGUUCCAUCUGGUGUUCCUAAAAGGCUGCUUUGCCCACUUCCCUGGGAACCUGCGUCUCUCUACCACUGGACAGUAGUGAAGGAUAUGGGGAAGGUACCUUUGGUUUAUAUCUUUGGGGCAUUUAUUCCAGCUGUGAUGAUAGCAGGUUUAUACUUUUUUGAUCACAGUGUAGCUUCAAAGAUGGCUCAACAGAAGGAAUAUAACCUUCAAAAACCAUCUGCCUACCACUAUGAUAUUUUCCUGCUUGGAAUAAUGACUCUGAUUUGCGGUAUUCUUGGCCUUCCUCCAUCAAAUGGAGUCCUUCCUCAGUCUCCCAUGCAUACGAAGAGUUUAGCAGUUCUCAGGAGGCAGUUGAUCCGAAAGAAGGUGGUAAAAAGUGCCAAGGAAUGCAUUAAGCAACAAGGGAGCAACUCUGAAUUAUAUGGAAAGAUGCAAGCUGUGUUUAUAGAAAUGGAUACAGCACCUACUGAUAAAGAGUUGGAGAAUUUGAAGGAGGCUGUAAUGAAAUCUGAUGUAAAAGAUGGUGCAAAGGAAAAUUUUGAUCCAGAUAAACACAUAGAUGCAUAUCUACCUGUCCGGGUUAAUGAGCAAAGAAUGAGCAACUUAUUGCAAUCUCUCCUAGUUGGUCUAUCUCUUUUAGCAGUCCCUGUCAUCAAAAGGAUACCUACCUCAGUUCUAUGGGGAUAUUUUGCUUACAUGGCAAUUGAUAGUCUCCCAGGGAAUCAAUUUUGGGAAAGGAUAUCGCUUCUCUUCAUCACCCCAAGCCGGCUCUACAAAAUUUUGGAAGGUUCUCAUGCCUCAUUCGUGGAGUCAGUACCAUUCAAGACCAUAGCUGCAUUUACACUCAUACAGUUUGUAUAUUUUGUGAUCUGUUACGGAUUGACAUGGAUACCUAUUGGAGGAAUAUUGUUUCCACUACCUUUCUUCCUUCUCAUAACAAUAAGAGAACAUUUGCUUCCAAAGCUAUUCAAGCCUAACCAUCUUCAGGAACUAGAUGCUGCUGGGUACGAGGAAAUUGUUGGUAAUGCACAUGCUACCCAUAAUAUGAGGGAUAAGGAGCCACAUGAUACUGACAGUGAUGACAGAUCAGAAGAUUAUUAUGAUGCAGAGAUAUUGGAUGAGAUGACAACCCACAGGGGAGAAUUGAAACUUAGAACUGUAAGCCAAAAUAGUAGAAGCUUAAGCAACCGCAGCUUCAGCUACAGCUUCAGUGAAGACAGGCAGUUUCAGGUUUACCCUGAAGAAGCUAUGAGGAUAUGAUGAAGUCUAUCUCCAUUGACCUUUUUUUUAGCAUGUACAAAUGGGGUUGAUAUAUGAGUAUUAUCUCCUAUUGAAUGUAAUGCUCUAGAUUCUUGUAAAGUCAAUUAAGAUUGAAGACAAUCUUAUAUACGGAACAAGAAAUUAAGGAUUCAAUCGGGUGAAGAGAAGAAGUGCACUGGUGAAUUAUUCAUUUGAACUUUGAAAUAGGCUUCAGUAUUACCAGAAUGUUGAGUUCAAGGGUCAUUUUCCUUCUUUAGUUGAAUACUAAGUUCAAAAAAAACAAAAACAAAAACCAAAAAAAGAGGGUGGAGGAGAUACUGAUAUGAUAUGAGAAAGAAAAGGGGGAGGAGCAAGGAAAUGAGAAAAUCCAAAAAUACCAUACUUCUCUGGAUUUAUUUUUAUUUUAUUUUUUUAUUCUUUCUAACACUUGCUCUUUGGUUACCAUAGCCAGUUUGUAAGAACAUUUAUUGACCCAAUAUUUAGAUCAAGUAGCAAACCAGCCUGAGUGCUACGCAGCAUUAUUUUGUUGGUGAUAAUCAACAUGG